AUGCCAGUUGAAAUGGAUCGGAAUUCUCGAGAUGAACGUAAUUCAAUGAAGAGUCGUUAUCGUGACAAUGAUAGCAGUUUUAAUCGUGAUGGACCCCCUCAAACGCGUGGUGGUUAUCGUAAUCGUCUUCCCUAUUCAUCUUCUCAUGGCAGUCGUGGAAGCCGACCACCACCACCUCAACAAUCUCAAUCGUCUUCGCGUGGUGGGGAUCCACGGAUGUCGCGCGGUGGCGGUUCAAGAAUGUCAUCCGGUUAUCGUCCAAUGAAUUCACGUGGCCACAAUUCCAGUUAUAAUAACAACGGUUUUAUAUCUCAAGGACGACAGUCUUCGAAUAUACGCGGUGGAGAUUCAAGAGAUUCAGCGCCAUCCUAUUAUGAUUCAAGUCCCCCACCAUCUCGUUAUGAUAGUCGGUCGGCACCACAUAGCCGAGUUGAUAUGUAUGAAUCAGUACAACAAUCAUUACCUUCAGCACCUUUACCACCACCAAUGCCGUCGCAUCCAAUAUCUAUGCCUCGUGAACGUUCAGGUCCCUCACCCUACACUAUGAGAGAACCGAUGGAAUCAAAAUACGCAUCGUAUAGUCGAAGAAACGAUGCUCCGCAAACAUAUUCUCGUAAUGAUCCGUAUUUUUCCACAUCGUCAAGAGAUAUUCCAAUGCGAAAUAAUAAUGAUCCAUAUUUACGCGAUUUUGCAUUAUCAUCGUCGUCUGUUCCAAGAGAUCCAUAUUUGAAUUCACGUGAACAAUAUCGUAAUGACUUAUAUGAUGCACCUCUGCCACGAAAUAGUCACUCAAUGUAUACUGGCUCACGCGGAAAUGACUAUCACCUAUCACAACAAUCAGGAAGGGAACUUUAUCGUACAAAUACAGGAGGAUCAUUACCACCACAAUCAUCAUCGUCAUAUGGAUUAUCUAGUCGGGGUGUGCGCUCUAAUGAUCCAAGAGAAAGAGAUAUGAGCCAUCGUUUGCCAUCGCGCGGUGAAAUGUUAUCUAAUCGUGGAAUGGAACCAAUGUCAACGUCAAGUAGAUCUAAUGAUUAUCGCCCAAGUGGAGGAGGUCCAAUGUCAUCCACAACACGUACUGGUGGUGGUGGCAGUGGUGAGAGACUAAAUUUGAAACGUCCAGCACCCCGAGAUGAUAGACCUUCGUUUGGCCAACCACCGUCGAAGCGUCCGUUAAGGCGUUGA